UUUACCUGGUUUCCAUAUACCUGCCCAGGUGUAAGUGUCCAGGUCUUUGUGACAGGGUCGCCUCUGACGUGUGGCACCUAACUGGGUGCAUCAGGAUAGAUCAUGCUCUACAAGGUGUUAAGUCCGGAUAGCCUAUACGAUCAGAACAGCAAUGACAGUGGUAUAGAUGAUUGUUACCGAAGGGGCAACCAAUCCUCUCUGGACGGGGAAGUACCCACCAGUCCGGGCGACUGCCCGCAGCCAAGUCCUUCCUCUCAUCUCCUUGGAAACCGCGAGCUUUCCCUCCCGGAACAGAAAACCACCAAAGGCGCAAACGAGACCUUCGCUGACUCAAAGAAUCAUAUAAAUACAGAAUGCCAGAAAAAAUACAUGGGAGUAAGGGUCCGCUGGCCAGUUCGAGAUCUUCUUCGCAAUUAUCGCAGAGCCAGAGGAGAAGAUCCCAAUGAUGUCCAGUUGGAUGUGUCCUGGAAAUCAAAUAAUAUGAGAAGACGUGUGGUCCGAGAGGCAGUCCAUGGUCAUCCAUAUGCUACUAAACGGAACAUACAGAUAAAAAAAGCUAAUGCUUUCCCACCGAAGAAUUUUGAAGAACUUUUGGAAGACUUGGUAGAAGUUCUGGAGACCGACCUGAAGCAAAAUAAAACAUGCUCUUACCAGACAGAACAGAACAUACCAGGAAUGGACUGCCAGGUGGGCUGCUACACUGACUACCCAGUCAGUUUCUGGGGUUCACACAAUGGCCACCAACAGCUGCAAACUGACCAAGGAACCUUAUGCUAUCUUUCAAGUUGUUUCUCCAAGAAUGAUACAACUCUUCCUGAUUUGGAGUCUGUAUAUCCCAAACCUUAUAUACAUUUGGAACCAGAAGUUUGGAAUUUUUCACCUGCUCAGAUGGCAGUCUGCACAGAAGAACACUACGGGAACACCUCCAAUGAAGACAGGACCGUCAGGCGUCAGCCCUGCAGUUCUCCAAAUGUCACUGGGCAAUCUCUACCUUGUCCCCCCUCAUCUGAGAUGGAAUGGUUUAGGCAAGCUGAACUAAACAAUAUCCAGAACUGUAAACCUUCUCACGUUGAAAGCAAACACCUUCCAGUCACCUCUCAACGUCAACAUUCUCCAGAUGAUUCAGCCGUGUCUUUCUUCCAAUUUCAGCUGCGACAUGUAGAGGACAGCCUUUGCACUGUAUCUACUCAGGAAAUACUCUCUGCAGACAAGAAUGGCAACACAAUGCUGCAUAAUGCUGUCAUUCAGGGAAAGAGAGCCCUGGCAUAUAGCUUAGCCUGUAGGAUGGCAAAUGUGGGUAGAAUCGAUGAAAAAAACACCAGAGGCCGAACUGCACUGCAUUUGGCCGCAGAAAGAAAUCAGCACCUGAUGGUGAAUGACCUCAUUUCACUUGGUGCUCCGAUCAAUGAGAGAGACUAUAUGGGGAAAACACCAAUACAUUUGUGUGCAGAAAAUGGAUUCCUCCGCGUUUUACAUGUAAUAGAGAAAACCUUGAUGAAUGGAACAGAUGUGGACAUUGAUGCUGUUGACAAUAAUUAUCUGACCCCGUUACACUGUGCGGUGUUGGCUCACAAUGCAACAGUGAAUGAAUUUGAGAACUCGGACAUGAACUGUAACACAAAGAAGUUCCUCAAAUUGAGGAAGGAGCAGCUGCUGGAUGGUAUGAGAUGCUUGUUGAGGAUGGGAUCUUCCCUCUGUAUGCAGGAUCAGAAUGGACGAAACGCCAUCAACUUUGCUGAGGAAGUAAAUGACACUGAAGUUCUGAACUUUCUUUAUGGACAUCUUGAUGGAAUGAAAACCACCCAUCAUGAGGAAUUUACCCCUUCGAGAGUAUUCAACAUGAAGGGCCAAAAAGCUGAUUUACAAGAACUGGAUCCAGAACUGCUUCCUUGUGACAUUUUCCAGCGAACCAGUAUAUACUGUGAGGAGCUCGGAAGGAGACUCAACAUCGACUGUCAGUGAGACAGUCCAAAAAUUGACAAGUAAAAGUCAAGAAAUUGUUAAGCCUGAGAUUAAGUUGAAA